AUGAGCGCGCUGCCACAAAUAGGUUAUAGUGGCAAUCCUCAAUUCAUGUUUCGUAUGACUAUUGGAAGUAGCGGUAAGAAACGUAAACAAUCAGCUACAGUUAAGGAAGAAAAGAAGCAAACAACUGGAGAUAUUAAGUGCAUCAGUUGUGACUUAAAGGGUCAUUCUACUUCUCGUUCCAUCGAAUGGAAAAAUUGCCAAGGUCUAACCGCUUUGAAGGAAAGUUCUGAUGUAAUGUUUCGAAACAUGGUUAGGUCGGACGGUUUUACUGUAGACUUUCUGUUCAGCCGCAAAAAGAAAACAAAAGAAGACAUGACUAUUCAUAAUCACACCUUGCCUUUGGAAGAUUUUUCUUAUAACGAAGUACAAGACAAUUACAGACCCGCUUUCCUUGAUCCAGGGCGAAGAUCUGUCUUCACAGCGGCAAUCGGACUAGAUCAUAACAAACAUCAAGUACGGAGCUGCUUUACCAAGGAAUAUUAUCAUAUGACCGGAAGCACCAGAUACGCUGCAAAGCUGGAAAAGAAGAAAGCAGGCGCGCUUCAAAUGAUCGAAAGUGGCAUACCAACCGCCAAAACUUCUAACAUCGAACAAUAUGACCGUCAUGUACAAUAUAUAUUGAAGCACUUUGAAGCCUUGUUUUUUUUUUACGGCGAGAGAACUGCUGAAGACAGAUUUCGUUUAUACCAGGGUCAGGAGCGUGCUGGCAACAACAUGGUCAAUUUGCUUAUUAAUGGAACUACAAAAAAUAUUGAUAGAACUCAUGCUUUCUACAGCAAUUCCCUGAAGAACAAGUGGAAGCCUGAACCCUUUAGUGUAGGCGACACUAAAAAUAUCCCUUUGAUUGUAGUUGGUAAUGGCAUGUUCGGGAAAAGUGCAAUGCCCAUCAAAGGUCAUAAGACUGGUGUCGUGGGAGUCCUUUGGCGUGCCUUGAAGCGAAGAGAGGCUGCUGGCGAUUUACUGACGAUAACAAUUGAUGAAUACAAAACCUCUCGCAUAUGCAAUAAUUGUCAACAAUCUUGAAGCAUUGAAGACAGUUCCCGGCCAAAGUAUCCUUGCCUGCAAAACCUGUUCGAUACUUUGGAACCGGGACGUCAACGCUGCUAAAAACAUGUUGGCAAUUAGCGUCGACUGGAAGUCAACGGAAAGACCUGCUGAGUUUUCUAGAAAACCAAAAUCACCCACAACAACCAC